AUGAAGGUUUUUACCAUCCUUGGAGCGGCAACCGCUCUCCUCGUUGCCCCGGUCGUGGCUCAGAACAAUGGUGUCUACCACAUCCUGCCUAUGGAGUCGAGCACCCCGAUCCCAUCUCCUACGGGGCCUCCUUCGUCGACCCCAUGGCCCCCGGGUGUGCCCCGUCCCACGGGCAGCUACCCUCCCAGCUCGAGCCAUAUUCCCUGGCCAACUCCCACUCCUCCUUCCGAUGCUCCUCCGCAUGGAAGCCCGAACUUCCCGAUCAAGCGCGUUCACGCCCGUCAACUCCGUGCGUGCCUGUACCCAGCUCCUCCCUUACGCCCCUCGGUCUUGUCUCUCUCGCGUCGCAUAUUCGGUGCUCCGCUGCACUCGGGGCUCCGGACCUGGAGACCCUCCCCGGGAAGGCGACAAUGGGGUCGCCAGUAUUCCGUCGGCUCUCGGCCACCUCCGUUUGAUCGCCGGUUACUCGAAAUUUAUAACACGGUGGAUAGGAGGGAAAGCCCCGUUCCCCAGGAACAGCAGGGUGAUCCGGAGGCCUGGAUGAAGUUGCUGGAGCAAUAUCUACCGCACUCGUUACGGAAACCCUCGCAAGACGCCGACGCGGAUACUACACUGACGGCUACAACAACUACUUCAACCCCCGAGUCGUUUGGGCAAACAGUCUACUUAAAUAAUUUGUUGUCCAAUGCAAGGUCUCUGGCAGACCUAGACCUCUUGGCUCAUUUGGGAUUCCGGCUGAAUAACUGGUUUGCAGUGUAUCAUUUAUUGGAUCGACUGCUCGAUGCUGCGGAUACACUCAAUGCGGUUGCGGUUCCCCAUCGAGAUCUCUCUGAUUACAGCUGGAGUCGUGGAACUGGUUUAUCGCUGGACCAGCUUACUGAUCAAAGUGCAGACUCGGCUCCGCAGAUCGACUCGUUAUCUGAGCCCUCGCAGGUCUCCGAAUGGACAACCUUGGACGCUUUCACCGAAAGAUCAUUCGCAGAAGAUCAUUCGACCCGGAUCAUGGCGGAAGUGUGGCAAAGCUUGGGCUCUAUUGUCCUGGUUGCAGCUGACGCUGCGCCAAAUGAGUCGAAACUGGCGAUGUCUUAUGUGUUCCGAACGCUUGCACGUUUGCACCAUUCUGGAGCCGUUCCUGAUCGAGUGUACAAAUAUGUUCCUCCCACCUCCCACCAAACUGUCUUUCGACCACCUGGAAUGCACCUCCUCUCGACCCAUAUCAUGAACGUUCUGUCGGAUGCCGCUUGGCUGAUGCACGAGGCAGAGGUGGCUGCUCGGGCUGCCGCCGCUGGCGAGGAUUCUCCGUACCUUCCCUUCAAAAUGGGCAUUCGCGAACUUGGACCUGAGAUCUGGUUGGAGUUUAUCUUGUGGUGUUGUGUCGAACACGGACAUAUCAAAGAAGGAGUGUGGCUCGUCAACCAAAUGAAACAACGCACAGGGGACCUGGCGUGGAAGUUUGAAAGCUGGAGACCUCUUCUCCAGCGCCCGGAAGCGGCAUGGAAAACGUCUAUCGACCAAGAAGAGUCCUGGCGCCAUUCCCCUACCGAGAAGCGUACGCCAUCGCUACGGAAGCGUGUUACACCUCCACCUUUCAACGGCCUGGGCAAGCGAACGGUCAGCCUUGAGGUAGCCACAGCAUUGCUCGAUAAUGUGCCCAAUGAUAUCUAUCUCGGUCUGGGCUUCCGAGGCGUCUCGAUAAAGAUGCUUCUAGAACAGGCCUCCUCCCUCAAUUUUGCGAUGGCCUCGGCAGCGACAUCCGGAGAUCUCCUGCCAACCAACAUGGAAUCCAAUCGGUUUGUUGUUCGUGUCGUUGAAUCCGUAGGCCUCGGCCAGGAGGUAGACCCGGAAGCUUUUGAGAAAGUCCUCCGUAUCACCCCCCAUGUGGUACCGCCAUGGAAUCUUGAUCUUGAGACCGUUGAUGAGGAGGAAUUGAAGUGGCUAGAGCCGUCACGAAUAUACGACGAGAGCUGGGCUAUGGCCGGGCUCAUCGAGCACAACAUCCGCUCUUACUCUUCACGGGGACUGUGUGGAGACGCCAUUAAUGCGGUCGAAUGGCUCCAGAGAGUGAUUGACACCAGCAAGAUGAAUCGCAUCGACGAGUUCUUCUCGCAGGACAACUCACCAGAUUCCGAUAAUGUUUCUGUCCUGAACUUCAGCGAGCUUGUUUCCCUUCUACCACUUGACACGUCAAUGCCACAACUAUCGGUCCUCACUCUGGCGCGGCUUCUUGAUGUGGUUACGACGUCGCGUGCAUUUAGCUUUGGGGAAUGGCUCCUGUUGUCGGAUGACCUCGAUGGUCCUCCAAUUCCUUUAAAGUUAUAUGGUAACCAGGCUCUGGCGCCGUCCAUCAUUCGGUUCGCCACUGCCACCAAGAACACCCAAUUGUGUGACAUCGUGGUGCAGUCUCUCUCGCAGCCCCCCCUGUCCACAAACACGCUGCGAGCUCUACUGAAUUUCCGGAUUUCGAUGGGUCAGUGGGACUCUGUGGUCUUCAUGCUAGAGUAUCUCCGUGACUUCCGACUGAAAUCUUGGAGCCACAGCAAUGUGACUGCACUCGCCGCUGAAAUCAUCAGGUUAGAUCAUGCCAUUCAGCAGCAACAAUCAUUGGAUCCUACAGAGAAGGAACUCCAUGAAACGAGUCUCGCUCAAGCCAAACCGAUUCUCCUCCGGAUCCUCAACGGAGAAUUCAACGAAUCGCGCGCCAGGCUCAAAACCAGUUCCCAGAGCGAGUUCCUCUACAGUCUCCAUCGAGUCUUCCUCUCCAUUCCUGGCGCUCUCCACGACGUCGCCGCCGAUGCCACCCUUCAAUACACACCGACAGCAGACUCUCAAAUCCCCUACAUCCCCCGCUCCGCCUUCUAUCUCCUUCUCUCCGCUCUUGUUGAUACCCAGGGCAGUGCAGCCGGCCAACAUCUGUGGCAGCAAUGGUGCCUCGACAUCCGAUCACCCACCGACCGCCGUCGCCAUGAAGGCGGCAUCUCCCGCUUAUACCUGCGCGAAGAACGCAACCCCGCCAUGGGUGACCCGCACUUCGACUCGGCCUACUUCCGCGAAAUUCAACAGAAGACAACCGUCCCGGACCCGAGCACAGUGCGUAUCAUCGCCCAGGCUGCUGUCAAAGAAUACAACGACUUUGAAUCCACCCGUGUCGUCGGGGAGAGGACGCAGCAUUGUUCUGUUCCGUCCCCGCCAUCAUCCUUGCAGUCUGUAUCUACAACCUCAAGCACAAACCCCGCGACCGCUAUCCUCGAAUUCUGCGCCAGGAAAUUCAAAUCCUUGUUUGGUCUUCGCUCCCGCAAGAUCAACCGCGAGCUCGGCGGCCUGAUGCAGCGAAGAAGAAAUGAACUGAGCAGGAGGCGCAAAAGGGGACUGAAGGAGCUGAGCGAGAAGCGCAAACAGAGAAUGAAGAGGGUGGCGGCUGCUAAUACGAAUACUCUUUAA